AUGCAAAGAUAACCAUAAGAAUCCAGUCUCUAAUAGCGUUUAGGGUUUGUGUAAUAGUACCACAAGAAUCACCCUAAUAUCACAGAAUUGAAACCUUUAAAGGAUUAUUAGACAUAAUAGAACUCAAAGAAACCAAAAGAACUUGAAGAAUAACCCAAGACUUCAUUGAUGGACAAUUUGAAUAGAAUCAACAAUCUCUAUAAAGCAGUAUCUCAACCUCGAAUCGAUGCUAAAGAAAUCAACCCACCUUAAUAUUUCUACAAUCAUAAAUAAGGAUGUUAGUAACCAGAACCAACAGCGAAUAAGGCUAUCAAAGAGAACCAGAAUAUUAAGACAUUUCUGAAUAAUAAUGAACUCUCAUUGAAGGACUAUGAAUGGAAAUCCACAAAAGGCAAUGCAGUGAGUACUAAGGGAAAUGCUGUCACCACAAAGUCUACUUCUCCAAUUGAUUUCAGUGUGAAAAGUCCAUUGAACAAGGUUGCUCGAACAGACUCGGUGUUGGGGAGCAAGAAGUAGAAUGAGUAGAGUGUAACAUUUUUAAGAGGACUUUAUUGA